GGGGUGUGAUGAUUUCGUCAGUUGCCGUAGCAAUGCGCAGGCUCCGUGGAAGAGGAAAGGACAGCUGCUUCUUAAUGAUCAGAGAACAACACUGAGCCUGGCUUAGACGAGACGCCGCCGACCAGAGCAGGGUACCCAGUGCAGCCAUCACGACUGGGAACGUGUGUCUUUUUGUGAGUGUGAUGGGAAUGACUUUGUCUACAUUGUGAUCAAGAUUUGCUGAUGGUGGUUUCGCUCUGAUCGGAGGAAUAGGAGGGGCGUGUUCUACCCAGAUACACAAGGAGAGAUUCUUCUGCAGGAUUGUUCCAGCAUUGACCUCCACGUGACUGUGUGAUCUAGAGGGCAUCAGAAUGGAGGCCCCUCUGGUGUGCCUGGAUGAGGAGUUUGAGGAUCUACGGCCCUGCAAGAUGGAGGAGCUUGAUACAGAGCCUCCCUACAGGCCGCACAAAACCGUUCCUCUUGCCCCGCUGUGCCGUGAGGACUUCUCAGAGCUGGAGAACUUCUCUGAGAUGAUGAGCUUCAAGUCCAUGGAGGAUCUGGUCAAUGAAUUCGACGAGAAGCUGAACGUGUGCUUCCACAACUACAACACCAAGACAGAGGGUCUGGCACCUGUGCGUAACCAAUCACAUGCCGAGGAGGAUGAGGAACGGCUUCAAGAUGAAGAUGUGUGGGAUGCUUUGACUGACAACUACAUGCCCUCCUCUGUGUCCAGCUGGGACGACCCCAACUCAGAAACAUUGAAUGGCAACUACUCAGAUCAAGAGAUUCACGAGAAAGAAGAGGACGAGAUGAAUGAGAAGAAUGAAAAUGCCAACUGUUUGACCGAUGAGCCUCUCAUUACAGCUGAUCAGGUUAUCGAGGAGAUCGCUGAGAUGAUGGAAAAUUCUCCAGAUCCUGGAGAAACAGAGGAAGAGGAGGAAGAUGACACUGGGAUCUCCUCCUCUAAAAGCAGCCCCUCCCUCCUGGAAGAGAUCCACAUGCUGUCUCAGGCCUCCAACAACAACUGCUCUUAUGAAGGUCUGGGGCUGAUGCCGAGCUCGGCGCUGCUCGACAUCUUGUGUCGGAUGGAGAAGGCGAUCCGAGAGUAUUCGGAGGAACUGGUGGCCCAGCUGGCCCGGCGGGACGAGCUAGAGUUCGAGAAGGAGGUGAAGAACACGUUCAUCACGGCUCUGAUGGAGGUCCAGAACAGACAGAAGGAGCAGAGGGACCUGAGCAAGCGUACCAAACGUAAAGACAAAGCCAUGAGUCUGCAAGGCUCCACUCGCUCCGAGAAAACCGGGACCAUGCCUGUGAAGCGCUUCAGCAUGGAGGGUCUGUCCAACAUCCUACAGACAGGGAUUAGACAAACCUUUGGGACCUCAGGGACAGAAAGACAGUAUCUAAACACAGUCAUUCCAUAUGAGAAAAAAGGGACUCUUCCAUCUGUGGAAGACUUGCAAAUGCUCACAAAAAUUCUUUGUGCCAUCAAAGAGGACAGUGACAAGGUCCCAACCCUUCUGACUGACUAUAUAUUGAAAGUUCUGUGUCCUACCUAAAGACUGAGCGUGAUCUGCCAUUGGGGAGAGUGUGGAGAGGGCAGGUAUCUUUGUUCCACCUCUGUCUCCCGACCUUCGGUUGUCCAGCCCAGCUGCAUGAGCUCCCUUACCCAUUAUAAGCGAGGGACCCUGAACAUCUAACCAUCCUUCUCUUGCGUAUCUAAUGACCUUCGACCCUUGCUCAUCUCACUGCAGUUCCUCCCUUACCUUAUUUACAUAGCCACGAGGUUCACACCGCCUGGUGCUUUUCAUGUUUUCUACGUAUGUCACUAUGGGCCAAAAGCCAUAUAGAGUGUGUAAGGGUAACAG